CACCCUCGCACUACACCAGAAGCUUAACAGAACUCAAAACCUUCUACAACCAGAGAGAGAGAGAGAGAGAGAGAGAGAGAGAGAGAGAGAGAGAGAGAGAGAGAGAGAGAGAGAGAGAGAGAGAGAGAGAGAGAGACUUCAUGGUGACACUUGGGAAGAGCAGCAAAAUCAGUAGAGGAAUGGUAUCACUGAGGAGGAGGAGGCCGUUCCAGAUCAUGGUGCUGAGGCGGCUCCGGGAGCUCAAGAAGAUAGUGCCCUUGGGUGCUCCUCGCGAGGCCGACGUGGACGCGCUGCUCCGGCAGACCGCCGAGUACAUUUGCACGCUAGAGUUGAAGGUAGCCGUCCUCCGGAGGCUCUCCGCCAUCUACGGCGUGUAGCGAGCUCCCAUGGUGGCAGCCCAUUGUUUGCAUGCCAGUUGCCACUGCACACAUGUAAGAGGGAAGAGAGAGCCCAGCUACAUUUCUUGCCCUGGCCAUCUCUCUUCAACUCCUCCCUACCACCCACCAAGUAGUAGCAUAUUGUGCAUCCUCUAUGUGAUUGGUUGGUCGCAUAAGGAAGUAUGUUGAUUGCUUAAAUCUGGCUGGACAAGUCCGCCAUUUCUUCAGCUGAUUGCAAGAAAACGCUUGGACUAGUUGUCAAUAGGCUAGGAGAAGUAAGAACUCUGCAUGCAUGGUUCGUAUUUGUUUGUAUGUGUCUACGUAUGUACAAUGAAUUCUUGCCUAGCUCUUCAAUUCUUUUCAAACCUUCACACUAA